AUGUAUCAACUUCGGCCAUCUACCGAGAGGGAUCAAGCUCACAUUCUGGAGAUCUGGCGAGAGGCUGUCGACGCCACUCAUGACUUUCUCACCGACGUCGACCGAGCGGCGAUUGAGUGCGAGGUUUCUACUCUAUUUGCGCAGGUGAACCUGCUUCUCGCAGUCGACAACUCUGACACACCGCAAGGUUUCAUGUUCCUACAUGAAGGACACCUCGAAGCCCUCUUUGUUGACCCUACCCGGCACGGCCAAGGCAUUGGCAAAGCCUUGGUCCAGAGGGCACUUGCGGACCAUCCCCAAUUGACGACAGACGUGAACGAGCAGAACAUACAAGCCCUGGCGUUUUACAAACGUAUGGGCUUCGAAUGUACUGGCCGCUCGCCUUGUGAUGGACAGGGGAGACCUUAUCCCCUCCUUCAUCUGCAGCAUCGGUCCUCAGGCGAGCCAGUUCUUGCUGCUGGAAAUGGGACGACGAAUUGA